AUGGAUGACGGUACAAUAAAGAUUCAAUCCGGAAUUAAUAUCAACAUAAAAAGAACAGAUGGCCGGAUCCAUUCAGCGAUCGUCUCCGGGGUCAACUUGGAGACGAGGUCAGUUACAGUGGAAUGGUACGAACGAGGCGAGACCAAGGGCAAGGAGGUGGAGAUUGAUGCCAUCCUAGCCCUCAACCCGGAGCUUGCAGUCGGCCCCAGGCAUCACACACCACAUCUACAGCCGAUGCCCAACAAACUAGCCAGGGACCCGUCUGGCUCGUCGUCGGACGACGGCGGCUUCUUGCGGGAGAGCGCCGAGGGAGAUGGAGCCGCAGACUCCGGACACACGCUGCCCGUGCGCAACUCACGAUCGGACAUGACGCGGCAAUCUAUUCCGGUAGCGACAAAAGCAGCGCCAUCCAGGGUGACACGCAACAAUCAGAUGCGGUUGUCCAACGCGGCCGGUGCGUACACGAACGGUCACGGCGGCGACACGACGGGCCGGCGCGGCGCCGAGAACGUGCCGCCGCCGCAACAACCGCCCCAGCCCACACCUACCAACACUAGGAUCACGCAGCAGUUCACGGCGAGUACUGUAGCCGGUGGCGGCGCGGCGGCGCGGCCGGCGGGCGUGUCGUCGACGGUGUCGGUGCCGCACGCCGUGGCGUCCGGCGCCGUGCGACGCUCCAAUGUAGUCAAGGAGGUCGAGCGGCUCAAGGAGAACAGAGAGAAGCGCCGACAACGACAGGCCGAGCUUAAAGAGGAAAAGGAAGCGUUAAUGAACAUGGACCCUGGCAACCCUAACUGGGAGUUUUUGGCAAUGAUCAGAGAGUAUCAGAACAGCAUCGAAUUCCGGCCACUGACGGGCAAUGAACCAGUGGAGGACCAUCAGAUCACAGUCUGCGUCAGAAAGAGGCCGCUCAACAAAAAAGAGAACUUAAAAAAAGAGGUGGACGUAAUCAGUGUCCCGACAAAGGACCAGAUGAUAGUGCAUGAGCCCAAGAACAAGGUGGACCUCACCAAGUACCUCGAGAACCAGAAGUUCCGGUUCGACUACGCUUUCGACGACUCCUGCACAAACGAAGUUGUCUACAAGUAUACGGCUAAGCCGUUAGUGCAGACGAUAUUCGAGGGUGGCAUGGCGACCUGCUUCGCUUACGGACAGACUGGCUCCGGCAAGACGCAUACCAUGGGUGGCGACUUCCAGGGCAAAACACAAGACUGCAAGAAAGGUAUAUACGCAAUGGCGGCGCGGGAUGUGUUCGCGUAUCUCAAGUCGCCCAAAUACAAGCCAUUGAAUCUUAUAGUGUCUGCCUCCUUCUUUGAAAUAUAUUCUGGAAAGGUGUUUGACUUGUUGGCUGACAAGGCGAAGCUGCGCGUGUUGGAGGACGGCAAGCAACAAGUACAGAUUGUUGGACUCACUGAGAAGGUCGUGGACAAUGUCGACGAGGUGCUCAAACUUAUACAACAUGGAAACGCCGCAAGAACCUCCGGACAGACGUCGGCGAACUCGAACUCGUCCCGGUCGCACGCGGUGUUCCAGAUCGUGGUGCGGUCGCCGGGCAUGCACCGCGUGCACGGCAAGUUCUCGCUCAUCGACCUGGCGGGCAACGAGCGCGGCGCAGACACGUCGUCGGCCAGCCGCCAGACGCGCAUGGAGUCGGCCGAGAUCAACAAGUCGCUGCUCGCGCUCAAGGAGUGCAUCCGCGCGCUCGGCAUGAAGGGGCAGAACCACCUCCCCUUCCGGGUCUCCAAGCUCACGCAAGUUCUGCGGGACUCCUUCAUCGGCGACAAGUCCCGUACGUGCAUGAUAGCGAUGAUAUCGCCCGCCAUGUCGUCGUGCGAGCAUUCCCUUAACACGUUACGUUACGCGGACCGAGUGAAGGAGCUGGGCAGCGCAGACCCGGCCCGACGACACGAUGAUGCUGAUGUAGAUAUGGACCAACCUCCUGCACAUGAUCUCGCACAACUGCGCUCACUUAAUGAGGGCGACAUGUCGGCGGAGAUGUACACGUUCCACGAGGCCAUCGACGAGAUGCAGCGCGCCGAGGAGGAAGUACUCGACAACCACAAGGCCAUCUCCGACUACUUGCAGCACGCUCUGCAGCGGUGUAACCAACUACUCGCCAUCACGCGGGAUGUCGACUACGAUCAGGAUGCAUACGCGACGCAGUGGGAGGAGUUACUGAACGAGCAGUUGUCAGUACUGGCUCAGUCCCGGGACCUGGUCGCUGAGUUCCGAGCCAAGAUGCAACAGGAGGAACAUAUCUCCCGCCGCAUACAGCCACCACCGCGGCACCACUAG